AGUUAACACCCUUACAACUAUAAAAGAAAAUGGCACUCAGCGUAGGAUCAAUCUUCACGAAUAUAUUUGGUGGUCUUUCUCAAGACUUCAAAAAGAAAAACUUUUCCCUUUAUGGCCAAUGGAUUGCCCUCAUCACUAUAUUGUUAUGUUUAGCGCUUGGGGUAGCCAACAUAUUUCAUUUUAACUUGGUUGUUAUAUUUUCCGUUAUAUGUCUUGUCCAAGGGUUGAUUGUGGUGUUUGUUGAGAUGCCAUUCUUAUUGAAGAUUUGCCCUUUAACUGAUACCUUUGUUAAUUUCGUCAGAAGAUUCGAUGACAACUUACCAAGAUGUGGGUUCUAUUUGUUGAAUGCUGUUAUCCAAUGGCUUUCCUUGACCUUGCAAGCUACUAGUUUGAUUGUCGUUGCUGUUUUUUUCACCUUGGCUAGUGCUUGCUAUGCGUUGGCUUACUUUAAGCACCAAGAAUUUAUGAAAUCCACCCUUGAUGUUACUGGUAAUGGAAACAGUGAUCUUGAAGCCCAAGUUGGACAACAUGUGAUUAGAAACGUAUUAUAGGUUUCAUAGAAAUAGUGGAUAUCGAAUGGAAUUGUGUGAUUCGGUUUCGUGGAUAAUCUGUGAAUCGGUCUAUAUAACUAUACACGUGAAUAAGUAGUUUGAUUUUUAAUUUUCCUGUUUGUACUAAUUAUCAUAACCUCUUCUUUUUAUCGCUUUAUAUAUUUACUAUAAAAUAGUCUAU